AUGUCGGAGGUAGAUCCCCCUCAGGGGGACGAGUCUUCUUCGCAAAAUAAGCAACCAUCUUAUGCAGCUGCAGUGACUAAGCGUCCUUCGCUUAAGAAACAUGACUAUGAUGUUAAUUGGGUGGAUGGAGUCCCAACGAUUGUGGUUCCUGAUGUGGUGCUUCAGGAUUCGGUUCCUCUCUGGGACGAUUUCUUGGUAGGUAGGUUUCCUUCAGCGGCUCCGCAUGUUGCAAAAAUUCAUGUAAUAGUCAACAAGAUCUGGCCUCUUGGCGAUAAGUCAGUCCGAAUAGAUGUCUAUGAAAAUUCUGCAACCUCUGUUCGUUUCCGUAUUCGUGAUGAGGCUACCAGGAAGAGAGUUUUGAGACGUGGAAUGUGGAAUAUUGCGGGAGUACCUAUGAUGCUCGCUAAAUGGUCCCCCCUUCCAGAGGAUGCGCAGCCUGUUAUCUCUUCGAUGCCCUUGUGGGUUUCUCUGAAGAAUGUUCCUCACUCUCUCUUUUCUUGGGAGGGUCUCGGUUUUUUGACCAGCCCAAUAGGUAAUCCUAUUAGGUUACACCCGGAUACUGAGUUGUGCAGUCGGUUUAGUGAGGCUAAGGUUUUUGUGGAUGUCAAUCUUACGCAAACCUUGCCUUCCACGUUUCGUUUUCAAUUGUCAAAAACAGAGGAUGUAACUGUGGAGUUCCAGUACCACUGGCUCCCUCCGAAAUGCUCUCGAUGUAACGGGUGGGGGCACAUUAGUGAUGACUGUGUGUCUGCUCCAGUGUCCCCUCCAAAAGAUUCUGAUGUUGUUAUUGAAGAAGGGGAAAUAGUUUCUCCGAAAAAGGUUAAGGAGGCAGAGGUUCCUCCUCUGGUCCCGUUUCAGCAAACUGCAGUUACUGCUGCUGCAGGUGUGAGUAAGGACAUUCCUUCUCAAGUGGAUGAUGCUGCCGGUUGGUCAGUUGUCUCUCCCGGGAAGGGCUGUAAGAACUCUGACAAAGCUCGUAGUCCGUCUGCUGUAGGACAUAUUACUGUUUCCGGCUCUUCUAGAUUCUCGGUUCUGGGGGAUACAGAGGAUGUUGGUGACUCGGAAAUGGCUAACUCUGAUCAUUUGGCUCCGGUUGCUCCGGACCCGGUUGCUGUAGUUACAGAGCCUGCAGGAAAGAAUUUAGCUACUGUAGUUCCAACAAAGCAGACAGCUGCAUUGGAUGUUCCCAUUCGUGCUUCUCUGCCACGGCAGACGAAACAGUUACACAAGACUACUUCGGAGUCUUCUUCUCAGCAAGCCAAGGGGGCUCCUCCUGGCUUUGGGUGUUUACUUGAAACGCGUGUCCAGGAAACUAAGGCCCCUAGGAUCAUUUCUUCAGUGUUCCGUGGAUGGUCUUCGAUUACUAACUAUGAGUUCAAUGAUCUUGGUCGUAUUUGGGUGGUAUGGAAGGACGAUGUGCGUGUAACGCCGGUUUUUAAGAGUGGUCAGGUCGUCACCUGCUCAAUUCUUUUGCCUGGUAACACUAUGGAAUUCUUUGUCUCGUUUGUCUAUGCAUACAAUUUGGCUGAAGAAAGAAAGGAGCUUUGGGAGGAUCUUAAGUCACAUUUUGACUCCCCACUUUUUACAAAUCAGCCUUGGGUGAUAGUUGGAGAUUUUAACGAAAUACUUGAUGGUGUUGAGCACUCUACUUAUGAUGACAACCCCUUUGUCACUAGUGGGAUGCGGGACUUUCAGGAUGUGAUACGGCAUUGUUCGUUAACAGACAUGCCUUCGCAUGGUCCUCUGUUUACCUGGGAAAACAAGCGAGCUGAAGGUCUAAUUUGUAAGAAGUUAGACCGUAUUCUGGUUAAUGAGGAUUGGAGUCGUCGCUUUCUUGAUGCUUAUGGUGUUUUCGAAGCUGGUGGUUGCUCAGACCACCUUCGCUGUCGUUUCUCAGUAGGGAACCAAGUCUGCAAACCUAGAGGGCCAUUCAAAUUUACGAAUGCUAUCAUGUCCUGUCCAGAGUUUCUUUCCACCGUGCAAGCUUUCUGGGAUACCUCGGAGAGCCUCUAUCACUCUACCUCUGCUAUGUUUCGUUUUGCCAAGAAGCUUAAAGCACUAAAACCUCUAUUAAGGUCUUUAAGUCGCCGAAAGCUUAGUAAACUCUCAGAGCAGGUGGAGGUUUCCCACAAGGAUCUUUGCCAGAAACAACUUGCUACGCUCUCAAAUCCCUCGUCGGCUGCGGAGGAGGCUGAGGACCAAGCAUUUCAGCGGUGGAAUCAUCUGUCUGAUCUGGAGGAAUGUUUUUUGAAACAACAGUCCAAGUUACACUGGCUAUUGGUGGGUGACAAGAACAACAAAUUUUUUCACAGAGCUGUCAAGGUUCGACAAGGCCAUAAUGCUAUUCGAGAGAUUCUCUGUCAGGAUGGCUCCAUUGCAAAAACUCAACCGGAGAUUAAAGCGGAGGCAGUAAGGUUCUUUGAGGAGUUUCUAACUUUGGAGCCAAAUGACUAUGAGGGGAUGAGUGUUUCUCAGUUAGAGGAGAUAGUGUCAUUUCGUGUCUCUUCUCCUCAACAGGAGGGUUUGUUGAAGUUGGUUUAUGAUGAAGAGAUUCGACAAACGCUAUUUAAGAUGCCGGUUGGUAAGUCCNUGAGGGUUUGUUGA